AUGCCACCAAAUAACAGUGUAACUGAGUUCAUACUGUUAGGAUUGACACAAGACCCUAAGAGACAGAAGAUGGUGUUUGUAAUCUUCUUCAUAUUCUAUGUGGGAACCUUGGUUGGGAAUUUGCUUAUUAUUGUGACCAUCAAAUUCAGCCGGACACUUGGUAGUCCCAUGUACUUCUUCCUAUUUUAUUUGUCAAUUGCUGAUACCUGCUUUUCAACUUGCACAGUUCCGAGACUAAUUGUGGAUGCCCUGUCUGCCAAGAAAAUCAUAUCUUACAAUGAAUGCAUGACUCAAGUCUUUGCACUGCAUUUAUUUGGCUGCAUGGAGAUCUUUGUCCUCAUCCUAAUGGCUGUUGAUCACUACGUGGCCAUCUGUAAGCUGCUGUGUUACCCAACAAUCAUGAGGUGCCAGGUCUGCAUCAUCCUGAUUGUUCUUGCCUGGAUAGGGUCUUUCAUACAUUCUAUAGCUCAGAUUAUCCUGGCCUUGAGAUUGCCUUUCUGUGGAUUCAAUUUGAUUGAUCACUAUUGCUGUGAUGUGCAGCCCUUGUUGAAACUCGCCUGCAUGGACACUUAUGUGAUUAAACUACUGUUGGUGUCUAACAGUGGGGCCAUUUGCUGAAGCAGUUUUGUAGUUCUAAUGAUCUCAUACUUUGUUAUCCUACAUUCACUGCGGAACCACAGUACAGAAGGAAGGAAAAAAGCUCUCUCCACUUGCAACUCCCAUGUCAUUGUAGUCAUCUUAUUCUUUGGUCCAUGUAUAUUCAUAUACACACGCCCCCCAACCACUUUCCCCAUGGACAAGAUGGUGGCAGUAUUCUAUACUAUUGGAAAACCCUUCCUCAAUCCACUCAUCUACACACUGAGGAAUGCAGAAGUGAAAAAUGCCAUGAGAAAUUUAUGGCACAUCAGAAUUACCUUGGAAAGUAAAAGAUAA